AAAAAAAAAAAAAAAAAAAAAAAAAAAAAAAAAAAAAAGAGAUGAACGAGACGAACGGAAACAAAAAGGGCAAACAAGCGGGAAGCAAAACUGGGAACUAUUCUUUCGCCUUUUAUUUGAAUAAAAUACCAUGCGCUCACCACAAUUUAUGGCUUAGUCCAAUUAUAAGCAUGUCAUACCCCCCAAUUAACAGAAAAAAAGAAAGAAAGAAAAGGGAUUGUAUACGUAGCAGUAGAGGAAUUGAAACACACACUAUCAUCAUCAUCAUCUUCUAAAACAAGGAACAUUUAAGGUUUCUUCCAUCACUUCGUAAAAAUGAACAAGCUGGGGUUUGCGCGCAAGGAGAAAGUUCAGCAAUUCAUGUCUGUAACUGGGGCAAGUGAGAAAGUCGCUAUUCAGACUCUGAAGACCAAGGAUUGGCAUCUUGAAGGAGCAUUAGAAGCAUUCUACAGCCAGGACCAUAUUAAGGCAGCUACAGAGAAAAACCGAUGGGAGGGGCUUUUCAAGAAAUACAAAGACCCGAAUGUUGACAUGAUUAUGGCUGAUGGUAUUAGCAACCUCUGCAAUGAUCUUCAGGUUGAUCCAGGGGAUAUAGUUAUGUUGGUACUUUCAUGGGAAAUGAAGGCUGAAAACAUGUGUGAAUUCUCCAAGCAGGAGUUCAUUGGUGGAGUACAGUCUCUUGAAAUAGAUUCAUUGGAGAAGUUCAAGAAAAAAAUCCCAGUUUUGCGAUCUCAGUUGAAAGAUGAAGAUACUUUCCGUGACAUUUACAACUUUACUUUUGAGUGGGCAAAGGAGAAGGGUCAGAAAUCUUUGGCCUUGGAAACAGGAAUUGCAUUGUGGCAGUUGCUGUUUGCAGAAUUGGAGUGGCCAUUGAUUGAUCAGUGGUGUCAGUUUAUCCAGGUAAUUGAACGGAAAAUGUUUGGGUAG